AUGCCUGCCAUUCUCGCUCUGCCGACCACUACUUGUGCUGCAACGACUCCGACUGUCACCACUACUACCACCACCGCCUUCAUCACGUCGCUGAUCAUUUCACCUGCACCUAUUCUUCCGCUACUGCCAACCGACUCACCGCCGGCAUCCGAUCUUCCUGCUGCGUCUGCUCCUCCUAUGGACACUGACUUCAUCAUACCGAUGAAGACCAUCAGCGCCCACCCCGAUCUGCACUCCUAUGACGAUGCCGUUCCGACCAGCAACCGCUACGACAUUCUCCUGAGUAUGCCCGACACUGACACCGACGACGUUGCUGGGGCUGUUCCCUCUGACUAUCCCCUGACUGCCAAACCUCGCCGCAAGAAGCACGCCAAGCAGCUCCGACCUGACACAAAACCUUCGCCUGUGCCCUUCACUACUCUCCCAGGCCCCUCUUCUACAACCCCCAGCUCGUGCACCUCCCCGCCAGACGACGUCGCAGUCUCGUGCCUCAUCCUCGGUGGCGCCACGCCGGCCUCCCUCCUUCACUCCUCGAACACCUCGCAUGCCUCCUCACGCCCACAGCCGGCUCCUUUGCCACCGCCAAACACUUCCAAUCUCUCCUCUCCGGUCCUCUCUCUGUCACCUCCGUAA